AGUUUGUAGACAAAUCGUGAAUUAUUUAUCGAAAAUUUGUUGGAAAAAACAAAAUUCACAAGAAUGGGUAUAUCAUUGAGGUUUAAUUGUUUCAUUAUUGGAAUAUGUAUUUGUGAUGCUGUAGUUAGUUGGGAUCCGAUGAUGCUGUAUAGAUAUCGGGUUGAAGAUGUUGAAAAUGUUUCAUCUCAUCAAACACGGAUGGAUAACCCACAGAAAAGCUUAAGAUUCACAGAACACAUUGAAACAGUUUUGAUGGGUGUAAAAUUGGCCAAAAUUGAUGAUUUUCCUUAUCAUGUAGCCAUUGAACAUGUUCCAACCGGCUUACAUAUGUGUAGUGGGGCAAUUCUUACCGCUGACGUGGUUAUUACUGCUGCCAAUUGUUUAAUAGGAACUGACAAAGAGGAUUUGUUGAUUCGUGUCGGUUCAGCUGCUAGAGGUAAAGGUGGUAGAAAACGUAAAGUAAUAGAGAUUCAUAUACAUCCAGAAUACGAUGAAAAUUUACCUGCAGAUAUUGCAUUAUUAAAACUUCGAAGAAAAUUAAAUUUUUCGCAUAAAAUUCAGCCAGUUACACUUCCCAGCGUGGAGGAUCCGUUAUUUACAGAUAUGGAAAUGAAUGUUACUGGAUGGAGUUUUGUGAAUAAUGACUAUAUGCAUGCAACAUUUUUACGUUACGCGACUGUACAAAUCAUGGAUCGGGAUGAAUGCAUGCUUUAUACACAAAAUGUAUUAAAAGAUAUUACAACGCCAUCAAUGAUAUGCGCUGGAAUUGGUGAUGAGAAGACUGGAUGCUUGGGCGAUUCUGGAAGUCCACUUGUUUUAGAUCGCCGACUCUAUGGUAUUGCAUCACAUGGAACACCCGGUUGUAUAGAGCAAAUCUAUCCAACAGUAUAUACUCGUAUUACGGGCCAUCGUGAUUGGAUCUUUAGGAUCAGCGAUGCAUAAUUACUGUCACUCUUAAAUAAUUUGUUAGCGGAUUCGUUUACGUUGGAUUCUCAUCGGUGGCAAGAACGA